AGCAUAGGCAACCAAAAAGAACAAAAUGAAGAGGUUGAGCUUAUUCAUGGUAUUCCUCCUAUGCCUAGCAGCGACUGCAAUUGCCCAAAAUUGUGGCCGGCAGGCUGGAGGCCAAACCUGCGCUAACAAUCUUUGUUGUAGCCAAUGGGGUUAUUGCGGGACAAGUGACGAUCAUUGUAAUCCUUCCAAGAAUUGUCAAAGCAACUGUAGGUCUAGUGGUAGUGGUGGCGGUACUGGUGGCGGUGGUGAAAGUGCUUCAAAUGUUAGAGCCACAUAUCAUUAUUACAAUCCUGACCAAAAUGGAUGGGACUUGAAUGCUGUGAGUGCUUAUUGUUCUACAUGGGAUGCCAAUAAGCCUUUGGCAUGGCGUCGGAAAUACGGCUGGACUGCCUUUUGUGGACCGGUUGGACCCCGUGGACAGGCUUCCUGUGGCAAGUGCUUGAGGGUGACCAAUACUGGAACCGGAGCUCAAGUAACUGUGAGGAUUGUCGACCAGUGCAGCAAUGGAGGUCUAGACUUGGAUGCUGGGGUGUUUCGACAAAUAGAUACUGAUGGAAGAGGCAAUGCUCAAGGCCACCUUAUUGUGAACUACCAGUUUGUCAACUGCGGGGACUGAAGCAUGACCCUCUAGUUAAUUCUAUGGCCAAAUCAAAUAAAAGGGAAUACUUAUCUUAAUAAUCCCAAUUAUUUUGGAUUAACAGAACAAUUGGAGAAAGUAAACCCUGUACGUCUUGAAAUUAAUAUCUGAAUGAAAUAUAUAUAUAUAUAAUUGCAUGACUAUUCGCAAA